AUGGCUCUGGCAGUCAAAUCAGGAUUGAGUGGAAAUUUUCCGAUUGUGGAUGUGCGGGGAGUGCUUGGUAAGAAGACGAUGAUGCCUUGCGAUAUCACGCCACGUGAUCGUGAUGAUGCUGUCUAUAUGGUGCUCUGGUUCAAGGAAGCGGAUGGGGAGCCUUUGUACAGUUUCGAUGUGCGAGGGCGUCAGUUUGGUCAAGCGAGAUUGUGGUCUGCGCCUUCGGCGUUUGGUACCAGAGCGUACUUCAGGACAGCGUCCACUCCGGCCCAACUCCUAGUGGAUGACGUCGCUCUCUCUGACGAAGGGAUGUAUCGGUGUCGAGUGGACUUCCGCAACACCCCAACACGAAAUCUCAAAAUAAACCUAACCGUCAUCGUUCCACCCGAGCGUCCUGUGAUUUAUGACGACAAGAGAAGGGACAGAAGCAAGCUCCUGGAGCGAUACAACGAAGGGAGCGACGUGUUCCUCGUGUGUGAGGUCACGGGAGGCCGACCUCGACCGAGGGUGACAUGGUUCCUGGAAAACACUAUCAUAGACGACUCGUAUACACAUGAGCCGAAUGACGUCACGACAAACCACCUGUCUUUCCCCAACAUCGGGCGACAACACCUGAACGCUAGAUUAAUCUGCCAAGCAUCUAACACAAACCUCACUCAUGCACAGUCGGAAGUCGUCGUUCUGGAUGUGAACCUAAAGCCUGUCGCAGUUCACAUUACGACUAAGGACAAACAAGUCUCUGCUGAUAAACGUUACGACGUGGAAUGCAAAUCUUCAGGUUCGAGGCCAGAGGCAGUCAUUACGUGGUGGAAAAACAGCCGUCAAAUAAAACGAAUCACCAAAAACCACUCAGAGGAAGGGAAUCUGAGCGUUAGUGUCCUGAGCUUCGUUCCAGUCAUCGAUGACGACGGGAAGUACCUGACGUGUCGGGCCGAGAACCCGGAAAUCAGCGAUAGUGCCUUAGAGGACAGAUGGCGUCUCAACGUUCACUAUGUCCCAGUGGUGUCCCUUAAGAUGGGUUCCAGCCUCAACCCAGAUGACAUCAAAGAGGGCGAUGACGUUUAUUUUGAGUGCAACAUCCGAGCCAAUCCCAAGGCUUACAGAUUAGCCUGGUUCCACAAUGGCCAUGAAAUUCACCACAACGUGACUGCGGGAGUCAUCCUAAGCGACCACAGUCUGGUGCUCCAGGGCGUCACGCGUCUCACGGCUGGCGACUACACUUGUCUCGCCGCCAACACGGAAGGCAAGGGCACUAGCAACCCCGUCAUUCUGCGAGUCAUGUUUGUACCCACGUGCAAGGAUGAUCGAGAGGAAUUGCUGGGCGCCUUAAAACACGAGACGUUGACACUGAGGUGUGAGGUAGACGCCAAUCCACACCUUGUGACGUUCCAUUGGACGUUUAACAACUCCGGCGACCUGGCAGAAGUGUCCCCGUCUCGCUUCACGAGUGUUGGUUCAGUGUCGCGUCUCAAUUACACACCCGUGACCGAUAUGGAUUACGGCACCCUGGCCUGUUGGGGUUCCAACGCGGUCGGCCACCAACGGUCGCCGUGCAUCUUUCAGGUAGUGGCCGCAGGACGUCCGUUUCCGCUGAUCAACUGCUCAGUAGUGAACCAGACUUCGGACUCGCUGCACGUCGAAUGCCUUGAGAGCUUUGACGGCGGCCUACCUCAGAGCUUCCUGAUGGAGCUGCUGGAACUUCCUAGUCUAAGACCGCGGUACAACGUGACGGUGGCCCGCGGACCACCUGUGUUCGAUAUUUACGGGAUGGAACCUGGAGCAAGUUACCAGGUCAACCUCUACGCUGUGAACGCCAAGGGACGAAGUGAGUCGUACAUAAUUGAAGCUGUGACCUUCAAAGGUGUCGCAAAAUUUACAGGACCAUCCGCAUCUCUCCCCAUGAACCCCGUGCUCACCGGUUUGAUUGCCACGGCUGUGGGACUUCUAGUGAUAGUGUGCGUUGUCUUUGUGACACUUUACCGGCGCCACCAGCAUCGCCGUCAUCCCCGCCAGGCAAAAUUAAGCCAACUGGAUGCGACGCUGCAUGAGGCAGACGACCCGGCGUCGGCUGAUGGCGGUUGCGCAAGCGCGGGGCAAACGACACCGCUGAACCCAGCAUCUGCUUCCGCUGUAGGUGUCAUUGUUGCUUCUGAUCAUCGGAACACGGAGGAUACGGAUCCUGAUAUUAUCCCCAACAAAUACGAAAGGCGUCCCCUGAAGGGUUUCAUGAAGAUGUACAAGACUCCCCCACAACGGCGUCGGAAAAAGAAUGACGCUGAAGACGAUGAGGAAAUUCAAAGGGAAGAGCUCAACCACCGCCAUCUUGCCAAAGACAUUCACAACAACCAAGUAAACAGUGUAUGCAAUCUGCGUGCGCACAAGGGCGUAACGGCGUCCAGUCCUCUAAGCGCCGGUCCAGAGACGCUGUCGCCCUCGUCGCCUCUGUUGCACAAACUUGGACACGAAGUCGUGACAUCGUCACACAGGAUACAAGAGAGUUGUAUAUAGAGGCACUGUCCUUCCCUGUCAGACGUUUAUAUUGCAAAUAAUAAAAAUAAAUAAAAAUAAGAAUAUGUA